AAAACCCAAACCAAACCCUAGCUGAAACAACAAUAAAACAUAAAAUUGCCUUAAAAAGAGUCCUUUUUGCUCAAUCUCUGUCAAUUUCAUAAACCCUAGUUUGUUACCAAAAAUGGAAGAAGAAAACAACAAAGAUGAAAUCAAGAAGACAGUGAUAAAAAUACUGAAAACUUCAGACAUGAAUGUAAUGACUGAAUCCAAAAUCAGAAAAUUAGCUGGAGAUAAACUUGGGUUUGAUUUAUCUGGUAAACAGGAGAAGAAAUUUAUUAGGGAAAUUGUUAAUGAAUUCCUUGUUCAGAAAGAAGAUGAAGUUCAAGAUAAAGGAAAACAACAGGUAGAAGAAGAAGAGCAAGAAGAAAAGGAGGUAGAAGAAGAAGAAGAAAAGGAGGAAGAAGAAGAAGAGAAGAAAAGGAAAAGGCCAGGGGUUUCUGUUAAAGAAUAUGAAGAUAAUGGUGAUCUUAUUAUUUGUCAGCUAUCAAGUCGAAGGAAGGUGACAAUUCAAGAGUUUAAAGGGAAGGCAUUGGUAUCAAUAAGGGAAUACUAUGAAAAAGAUGGAAAGGAGCUUCCUUCUACUAAAGGAAUAAGCUUGACAGCGGAACAAUGGUUUACUUUCAGUAAAUCUGUCCCUGGGAUUGAGCAAGCCAUUAAGAAGAUGCAGACAAGGUCUCGGUGAUUUUGCAUUAAUAGAUGAGGUUGUGUUGGAUACUCUAUUUUUUGCUGGCCCUUUUUAACUUUUGAACUCAAGGCGGACUUGUUUUGUUUAAUCAGUUCCAGUGUCUACCUAAAGAGUCGGACUAUAAGUUUCUGUACCUUAAACAGUUAGGACACAGGAUUAUAAUGUUCUUAGGCUCUUUGUUUGUAUUUUCUUCGUGAUGUAAAAAAUCUGUUUAUAAUGGUUAUAAUAUACAGUUAACGUUCCGA